GAGGUAAGAAGAGCAAAAAUCAACUCAUCAGCGUCAUGAUGACUGAAACGUUGAAUUCGAAUAAUCAUCUCAGCCAGAAAGGCGAGAACAACAAAGUUGGUGACAUGGGAUGGAAGGCCAAACUUAAAAUACCGCCCAAAGAUACUAGAGUUAAGACUAGUGAUGUUACUGAUACCCGAGGAAACGAGUUUGAGGAGUUUUGCCUGAAACGGCCACUACUAAUGGGCAUCUUUGAGAAGGGUUGGGAGAAACCAUCCCCAAUCCAAGAAGCGGCCAUACCGAUCGCCCUGGUCGGUAAGGACAUAUUGGCGAGAGCGAAGAACGGUACCGGCAAGACGGGCGCGUACAGCAUCCCUGUACUGGAGCAGGUCGAUCCGACCAAGGACUACAUCCAGGCCCUAAUCAUAGUGCCGACGCGCGAGCUGGCCCUGCAGACGUCACAGAUCUGCAUCGAGUUAGCGAAGCACAUGAACAUUCGCGUCAUGGUGACAACUGGUGGAACGAACCUGAAGGACGAUAUCAUGAGAAUUUAUCAGAAAGUACAAGUGAUCAUUGCCACGCCCGGUCGUAUCCUCGAUCUCAUGGACAAAGAGGUGGCUAACAUGUCCCAGUGCCGGAUGCUAGUAUUAGACGAGGCAGAUAAGCUGCUGUCGCAGGAUUUUAAAGGCAUGCUGGAUCAUGUCAUUAUGAGAUUGCCAAAAGAGCGCCAGAUUCUGCUGUUCUCCGCGACAUUCCCACUGAGCGUGAAGAACUUUAUGGAGAAGCAUCUGCGCGAUCCGUACGAGAUCAAUCUGAUGGAGGAGCUGACUCUGAAGGGUGUCACGCAGUACUAUGCAUUCGUGCAGGAACGCCAGAAGGUGCACUGUCUAAAUACGCUCUUCUCGAAGCUGCAGAUCAACCAGUCGAUCAUCUUCUGCAAUUCGACGCAGCGUGUCGAAUUGCUGGCGAAAAAGAUUACCGAGCUGGGCUACUGCUGCUAUUAUAUCCACGCCCGCAUGCAGCAGGCCCACCGGAACCGUGUGUUCCACGAUUUCCGUUCGGGUCUGUGCCGAAAUUUGGUGUGCUCCGAUCUCUUCACUCGUGGUAUCGACGUACAGGCUGUGAAUGUUGUAAUUAAUUUUGAUUUCCCUAAGAUGGCAGAAACCUACCUGCACAGAAUCGGUAGAUCCGGACGUUUCGGACAUUUGGGUAUCGCCAUCAAUCUAAUCACCUAUGAGGAUCGUUUCGAUCUUCACCGCAUUGAGAAGGAGCUGGGCACGGAAAUUAAGCCCAUCCCGAAGGUGAUCGAUCCGGCAUUGUACGUACCGCGGCCGGAUGAUCCGAACAGCGCGCAAGAGGAGCAAAACGUUAGUAAAUAAGUAAGGAAAGCUGCGU